CAGAGUGGCACCACAGCAAUGGAGUUGUUUUUAUGUUCUACUUUCCCUCUGCAGCUGUACUGAAUGAUUAAAUACACUGGAAGGUUCGAAACAUCAUAUUCUCGUGUGUCCCUGUCUGUGGGGAUUAUGCAGCUCCAGGGAAUCCUGCCUGUGUUUCCUGAUAACACUUGAGUGUACGAUGUGAGGGCAGGUGGGGCCAGCCUUGUGGCCUUGACUGAUAAAGGACAAUCAACUGUAACGGAGAGGCUGAAACCUGUUGAGAAGUGACUCAUCAGGGAAACGAGAGAAGCAGCGCUGAUCAAUGACGUGCCACUUAAAGGACAAGGCAUCUUGGUCUGUAGUUUUUGCACUCAGUGGAAAGACUGUCCAGCACUUUUUCAGGCUCUUAAUCAAGAAGGCUUUGAACCUGUUAAGAUGUCGCACGCACAGGUUGAGAUACCAGGACGAGGAUUCCCAGGCCUCUCCAUGGAUAUGACCAAGGACUGUUUGUCCCGGGUGCCAUCCGUGCUUAGUACGCACGGUUUGGGCGCACGGAGAAACUCGUACGGGCUGCAGAAAAUCAGCAUGGACAUCGACUCGCCUCUGUACAGCGGCGCCCUCUCCAAAGCCCUGUCCUGGUCUGCUGAGAACAUCUUAUCUCUGCCUGAGUCCAGAGCUGAGGAUGAAAAAACCGACGACUCUCCAGCGUCGCCGUCUCCAGUCUCCAGCCCGGGCACCAGCUCCAACACGUCCCCCUGCAGCCAGGAGCCAGACGCCCGUUCUCUCGGUGGGAACUGGAACCCCGUGCAGAGAUCCAGCGCUCAGGACGUCAGCUCGGAGUCUGAAAAUGAACUUCAGAAUAAGCAGAACAAAAUCCUGUCUCGCAUCACUUUCGAUACUCAGUGGGAGCAGGAAGAGAAGGAGGACGUGGAGACCAAAGCGGUGGCGACGUCUCCGGAUGGAAGAUACCUGAAAUUCAAUAUAGAGAUUGGGAGGGGAUCUUUCAAGACGGUCUAUAAGGGACUGGACACAGAGACGACUGUGGAGGUGGCAUGGUGUGAGCUACAGACCCGUAAGCUAACCAAAGCAGAGCGUCAGCGUUUCAGUGAGGAGGUGGAGAUGCUGAAGGGCCUUCAGCAUCCGAACAUCGUCCGCUUUCACGACUCCUGGAAGUCAACGGUGAAGGGCCACAAGUGCAUCAUCCUGGUGACUGAGCUCAUGACGUCUGGCACGCUCAAAACGUACUUGAAGAGGUUCAAGGAGAUGAAGCUGAAGCUUCUGCAGCGUUGGAGUCGUCAGAUCCUUAAAGGGCUUCACUUCCUGCACACGCGCACUCCUCCCAUCAUCCACCGGGACCUGAAGUGCGACAACAUCUUCAUCACUGGCCCCACCGGCUCCGUCAAGAUCGGAGAUCUGGGACUGGCCACUCUUAAAAGUGCCUCUUUUGCUAAAAGUGUCAUUGGAACGCCGGAGUUCAUGGCUCCAGAGAUGUAUGAGGAGAAAUACGACGAGGCGGUGGACGUCUACGCCUUUGGAAUGUGCAUCCUUGAGAUGGCCACCUCCGAGUACCCAUACUCUGAGUGCCAAAAUGCCGCCCAGAUCUACCGCAAAGUCACCAGUGGAAUCAAACCAGACAGUUUCUACAAAGUCAAAGUCCCAGAGCUGAAGGAGAUCAUUGAAGGCUGCAUUCGUAUGAACAAUGACGAAAGGUACACCAUCCAGGACCUCCUGGAUCACCCAUUCUUCCAGGAGAACAAUGGCGUGCACGUGGAAUUGGCUGAGGAGGACGACAUGGUGAAGCCUGGUCUGAAGCUGUGGCUGCGCAUGGACGACACCAAGAAGCUCCACGGGAAGUACAAGGACAACAACGCCAUCGAGUUCCUGUUUGAGCUCUACAAAGACGUGCCUGAGGAGGUGGCUCAGGAGAUGGUCGUGCUCGGGUUUGUGUGUGAGGCAGACUUCAAGCUUGUGGCCAAGGCCAUCAGGGACAGGGUGACAGCCAUCAAGAGGCAGAGGGAGAAGCUGAGGCGGCAGGCGGAGGAGAGGAAGAAGAAGCUGGAGCAAGAAGCCAUAGAAGAAGAACCAGAGCCUCAGACUCCUUCAGUUAAAGUCAGUGACGUUACUGCAGCAGAGUCUCCAACCCCGGCCCUGACGCCUCCGACCCCACUACUGUCCCCCGUCACCAGCUCUGUGGACUCUGGGGUCAGCUCCAACUACCCUGCAGAGCCAGAGGAGCCCGAGGCGGAUCAGCACUUCCACAUCCGACACAACAGCCUGUCCUCUGCUAACUCUGACUGCGAGACGGACGGCUAUCUGAGCUCCUCUGGACUUCAGGAUCCGCUGGAGGCCGGCAGCUUUAAUUCGCCUGUGACCCCUCCCACCAAGCCCCCCGACCCUCCAGUCACUAACGGUCUCCCCAUCCCAGCCCUCCGCUUCCCCUCGAGCAUCGCUGUUUCCAACAACAUUGAACGAGGCAACUCAGGCCCCCCUAGCGGCUUUAACUCCCCCGUGGACAGCUAUGCUUCUGAUGUGACUUCGAGCUUGAGUGACGGCUAUGAGGGCCUAUCAGAGAGGAGCGAGAAAACAGCCGCCAGACGAACCGCUGCCAAGCUGUUCAGGAGGAGGGCUCGGUCCAGGCUUCGCAUCACAGGGCUCUCUGAUAAAGUGGACCGUGUGGUGGAGUGUCAGCUGCAGACCCACAAUGACAAGAUGGUGACUUUCAAGUUUGACCUGGAUGGAGAUAACCCUGAAGACAUCGCCGCUGUCAUGGUGCAUAAUGAGUUCAUCCUGCCGUCAGAGAAGGAGGGCUUCAUCCACCGCAUGGGCGACAUUAUCAAACGGGCCGAGUCUCUGAUGGCCAAAGAGCAGCCGGUCCACCUGGGCGGACAUCGACACCCCCAGCCCGCUUUCCACAAUGGCGUUAACUCUUUGUCUUCUUCACAGCCCAAUCUGCACAGUCACACCCUGCCUCGCACCAGCUCCUCCUCAUCACUCCCUGACUUUGGAGCUCUUAACCCAAACGUAGCUGCACGUGGCUCCCAGCAGUUCCCUAAUGGAGACGUCUUCAGUUCAGACGUUACAUCACCUGGGCGACCUCUAAUACGCUCACAGUCUUUCCACAACGCCCCAGGUUCCCCGCUCCACUAUCAGCACCACCACAACCCUGCGUCCCUUCUGCCCCACCACCAGCACUACCACCUCCCCUUCAUGGGCCACAGUCACUUCCCAUUCCCGUACCCCGGUUCUCCAGGCUCCCCUAAACCCGCCCCCCACCCCCCUCUCACACGUGUCGCCAGUAACCCCACCUUCCCCUCCGUCCCCUCACCUGCACCUGGUUCUCCAAGUCCCCUAAACGAGACCCCAAGUCCUGUCAGCAAUGAGGGAGUCACCAUGUCCCCACCUGCCCCCCAGCACCCCAACAUGUGGCCCCCCCACACGCAGCCGCUGUUUUCCUUAGCCAAUGUCAUCUCAAUGGCGAUGAGCAUGGCACAGUCCUUCAUCCCUCCUGCCGGUCUGCCCGCUCAGGGGAUGCCCUCCUUCCAAAGUUUCCACCCUCAGCUGCCCAGUCACCUCCCCCCACCGUCAGGCUACCCCCCCGUCUACCCCCCACACUACCAGACCUCACCAGUAGAGGCUGCAUACCCCACAGCAGGUGUCCCAACACAGAACACCUACCACAGCCCUGAGAGUAUGCCUCACAUUAAUGGGUCCUGUCAUCCAGGCUGGCUGCAUCCGAUUUCUCCUCCCUCCAUGCCCUCCACACCUCCCCCGCUUCCUCAGGAGCCUCUGCAGCAAGUUGGGCUCUCCAGUCCCACCGGUCUGACCCAGGAUGAUGGGGUUCAGGGUUAUUUGGCCCCUUUCUCAGCACAGGUUCAAGCUCAGGUUGAACCCAAAUCAGAAAUGUCCAGUUCAAACUCCUCAUCUGAUCUUUCCCCGUCCCCUCCAGAGAGUCCAGAAAGCACUUUAUCAUCCUUGAGCUCUCAAAUUCAUCCUCCUCUACCUGAGAUGAACACCAGUACCCCGAAACCAAAAGCCUCUUCUGCUGAAUGUGAAGUCCAGCCGGCUCCGGUCACCGUCGGGCGAUUCAAAGUCUCGCCCAGCAUGGACAUCCCCACGCCGGCUGCAACAAACACUGUUGCGCCUCCUGCACCCCAGCCAGCAGAGAGCAGCAGCACCCAAUCAGAAAGCAGCACCGAGGAGCAGGGCGAGUCAGAGACGAGCAUGGGCACCUCCCUCACCAUGUCCCCUCCUCACCCGCUCCCCCACAGAGCACUGCUGGGGAUCAAACAGGAGGUGGACAGCCAGGUGGGAUGGACCGGAAGCCAGGAGAAACAACAGGAUAGAGAGGAAGAAGAGGAAGAGGAGGAGGAAGAAGAGGAUGAGGAGGAGGAAGAAGAGGGGGAGGAAGAGGUUUUAGGGGAGCGACAGAGGAUGAGGAGGAGGACGAGGAGGAGGGCGUACAGUCUGAGUCUGAUGGGGACGUCGGCGGACAGCGGGCUCUCUGUGACGGCUGCAGAGAUGGAAGGGAGGCUGUGGGACGGAGCGGCAGGGAGUCCGCAGUACAGCAACGCCCUUCAUCACCUGUGGAUGAUGACGUACAACAGAAACACGCCCUACCUGAGCAGCGACGACUCAGACAGUGAUGAUGAGGACAUGAUGGAAGAGCUUCAGGAGCUCAGAGAGAAGCACCUUACUGAGGUUCAGGCCCUGCAGGCUGCCCAGAAAAGGGAGAUCGAAGAGCUUUAUGAGAAGAUGGGAAAGAUUCCUCCUCCGGGCAUCGUCUCUCCUGCUGCUAUGCUCUCCAGUCGACAACGCCGGCUAUCCAAGGGGAACGGCUUCCCAUCAUCCCGCAGGAACAGCCUGCAGCGCCUUGACAUUCUGCCACUGCAGGGCAUCAUUAGGAGAAAUUCUCUUGGAGGCAGCAGCAGCGGCUCCCAGGACAAACCCAGCAAAGGGGUCACCUUUGCCACCGACAUUAGUAGAAUGUAAGAAACUCAGCCAAGUGCGCUGGAUUUUUUCUACCUCAUCUGAAGUGUGACUGCAGUGGUCAUCCCAGUCCUGUAGGAGGAACACUUUCACCGGCACACCAGUCAGCAAACGGCGCCCCGUCACCGGCUUACAAUUACCUCAACAUUUAAAUAGAGUGAAGCUGGAUUUACACAGAAACUCUAAAAUCCAGUUUUCAUCCCUUUUUCAGUCAUGUCUGGUGAAUUUGUUGCAGCCGAGUACCUACCAAUCUGAUUAAGACAAGUUCUUUUUUGCUUUCUUGUACAUAAAUGUUCAGAUCCACUGGUUCAGCCACAGAAUUCUGCAAAAUGUCACAUCACAGGACGUUUUAAAUGUCUCUCUGAGCAAGCUUAAUGCUUUAACGCAGUCAAAUUGUAGUUCGGCGCACGGCACUGACUAUGACUUUGACACAGAGUAAUAAUGAAUUACUGUUUCCUGCUUGUCUGUUUCACUGCCGUUUAUCAAUGUGAGCACAGUAAUGUGAACCACAACGAGGCUCUGACACUUUUACUGACCGUUGAGCACCAAUGACAACACUUCUGAGAGUUGUGUAUCUUAUUUGCUGUAGUUUUAUAAUAUAUAUAUAUAUAAAGAUGUCUCAGCACCUGCUGACUGCACAGUGAAUACACUCUGAUCAUUGCCUUCCAGGGGCCGUAGAGAGCAAUCUAGAUGCUUUGUACAGUUUAAUAUAUGAAGAAUGACAUCAGUUGGCAGAAGUUUUGUUUGGCACCUGAUAAGAUGACAAACAUUCUUAAUGUUCAGUCUAGAGAGGUUUAGCUGCAUUUUGAUGGGACAUUUUAAAAUUUCUUGCACUGACUGUGCUACAUGGAGAUGUUUCUGUUAAAUGAGAUAGAUAAAAAGAUGUCAGUGCUUCAGUAAGAAAGGAAAGGUUGUUAGCCCAGCGCUUACUUCAGCAGAGAGGAUAUCCAAAUGAUUAGUCCAGGUUAAAUGGUGCAGAAGACUUUGGAAGACAACACUUGUCAAUUUUCAAAUUAAGAUGAUUUCUUUGUAUUGAUUAGAUGUACAAAAUCAACCUAGCUUUGAAACUACUGGCUUUCCUGUUUGUUGUACAUGUGUAAAUAGUAGAGUGCAUUUGUAGAUCUUGUUUACAAGUUAAAAGUAAACUAAACCUUAAUUCUUGCUCAAGCAGAUCAGAUUUGUUGCUAGAUUGAGCACGUUGUGCACUUUAGAAAAUUCUACUUUAGUUUUGUAUCAUUUAACACAUGGAUAACUGUUCACCUGAGGGAGAGCUGAUGUUUCCUGUUAUUUUUCCCUUAAUCUCCAGUUCAUUUAUGAUCAAAAAAUAAUUUUGUAUGGGGUCACAAUGACGAUGAUCAAUCCUUCAAUUUUUGUAAACUAUGGGUGCAUUAUGGGUUUUUGACAGUCCAAGCUGUGAAUGUGAAGCCGUUGCCUUAUACAACAUCCACAAACACACUGAAUUUUCAGGCAAUGGAACUCCUGUAAAAUUUUCCAAAAGUUCAUAAUAUAUUCAAAGAAGUCUCAAAAUUUUGAAUGUAAAUAUAUAAAUGUAUUGCUUUCUGAAGCUGCUGCUGUCCUGCCAUGCUGAAUCUGUGCCUUUCCCUGACAAUGUCUUAUUUUAUAUUUGUACUCUAAGAUUUGGUGGCUAGAUCUGACUCCAUGUAUCAAAUUUUGAUGAAAAUAAAUGCAAUUGUACAGUAAACACCAUA